AAUCCUUGAAGAGUUGUGAAAGAAUGGUGUUGGUCUAUGGUGUUAUAUCCAUCUUCUUCCUGUGUUUAGCACGAACCAUGAAACGGAUUGGUCAUUCUCGCCGCCCACCGCCCCACGAUCCAAGCCUCUUCACAGUGGAGUAUUAUAGAAAAGAAUGGUUUUCACGGUUUCAGCCAGUUUCUUCUUCCGGUACGGCUAUUCUGGCUACAACUUUGCAGCCUUAUGCUUUUAGCUACACCCAUGGACCAUGGGUGUAGCUGGUGACCAUGGGCCAUGGUGAUCAGUCCCCGGCAGUUACCAAGUGCUUAGGCACCAUUUGGACAGGGAAAGACCAUUACAUCUGGAUCGACUUAGGGGCUGGCCCAGUGGAGUAUGGUCCAGCACUCUAUGGCGAUGGUCUUAUGCCUAGGGGCGAGUUUCAUCCACUGGCGUCUAUCCACGGCCGACCCAAGUCUCAAAAGUCUAUGCUUUCUGACUUGGCUUCACUGGUUUGGAGUGCUUACCAGGUACUUGCUGUUCCUUCUUUGAGGAUUCCUGUCCCUUUUGAGGAUUCCUUGAUUGUUCAGUUCAUACACAUAAAUGGUUCACCCGAAAACAAAGAUAGCACUGGAUUGGAUUGGAAGUCAAUAGAGAAGACCUUUGUGGAUGAAGCUAAUGAUAAAGGGUUAUUGUUGGGCAAUCAAUCUUUAAGCUUUAAGAAGGCAACUACUUCUUACCGGGUGGUGAAGCUUCCUUUGGAUGAAGGUUUUGGGAGGGUUGUCCCAGUCUAUGUUUUUGAUUUGGAUGUCAGCAUGAUUUUGUUGCUCGACCGUUACCAUCAGGCUGUGGCAUUCAAAGAUAUGGUUAUUGCGAGUAUGUGGGGAGUCUCCCCAACACAUUUCCUGUGGGGCCCUAAGCACAACAGCACUCUUGUGGACGAUACGUGGAGCGUCGGAAACACACCAUUUGUUGAAUCCAUUGCUGCCCAUGGUGCGGAGAGAAAACUCCUCAAGCGUAACGAGCUUCUUGAGCUUGUCCAAAGGUGGAAUUUGUUCAAAUACAAGCUGGAUAAGGCAGUUUCUGCUUUGUCACAUUUUGAUUUCGAGAUGGCAUUGUACUAUCUCAGAGAUGGUCUCCAUGUUUUUCUCACAGCCAUUGAUUCCUUCUUUGACAAGUCCUUGACAGCCCUUUCCUCUGUUCAGCCUGAUGCAAGAUGCGAGAAUUGGGCUGCUUCCUCCAUUGAUGCUGGACACUCUAAAGUAGUUGCUCCUGAUCCUUUACCUUUGUCUCUGGUUGUGGACAGCCCCUAUCCUAAAAUUUCAAACUCAACUGAAUUCCAACCCACGGAAGAGCAAUCUGGGGGCCUCACAGAAGAGGAAGCUGGGUUCUCUCAAGCUCAAACCCCUAUGAUUCAUAGAUCUGAAGAGUCUCUAGCUAUAGUAGAGUGUGUUGAUCCUAUUGUGGCUGUUUAUCCAGAGGGCCGGAGAGAAGAUGAUAAGGAGUUUGACCCAGACCCGGAGCCGGAGAGAGUGUGGUACCCGGAUGAUGGUAUAGAGCCUGAUGACCACCUUCAACGCUGGGGUAGUCCUAAGGGAUUAUCUGCUGCCUUAAUUCGUAAUAAUGAUCAAGGUCGAAUCAUUUUUGAGAGGGGUUGUGUUAGAGGAACUAGCCCCCCUGCUCCCAGGCGAAGUCUUAGACUUGCAAGGCGAAGGAGACUACCAUCCCCUAUACGAUCUGACCAUUCUCUAGAAUCCGAAGACCAAUGGGGUUCGCGAGAUUUGGAUUAUUAUGGGGCUUGUAAAGGGUUGCAGGGUAUAAUGGUGAUUUUGAAAUCUGCUCUUGAUAUAGCUGGGUAUUUGGUCUUGGGACUGCGUGUUACACCCGGUGCUUGGAAGUUCUUUACACAAAACUUCUCUUGGAGGGACUACUUUAUUGAGGCUAUGUACACGUACACCGAUGUUAUUCGUCCAUCUUGCCGCCCACCGCCCCACUACAUCACUUUCUUCCCACUUUAGAUUUUAAUUCAUUUUUCUCCUUCACUUUGCUCAUCCUGCGUUGUUUCCCUCUUCAAUUUCCAGGUGACAAGUAGAUCAUAGCACAGUUGGAAAAUUUACUACUCAAUUUUCCGUAAUUAGUUCAAAGGAAACCCAGAAAAAUUAAGUGGGAGCUUCCAUCCUUAUCAAUAUAUGCUUAGUUCUUCAGGUUAAGGUAAAAAGGCCAAAUUUACUUUUUGAAUUUCUGGUUACAAAUAUUUUGCAUAUCUGAGAAUGGUAAUCUGCACUGAGAAUUGAGAUAAAUUGCAGGAUGUUCGUCCUUAUGAUUCGUUUCGUGAAAUGCUAGAAGCAGAGCUGAUGUUUGUACAUUACUGUGUGCCUUAUUGAAUUCAACAAAACGUGAUGCAUCUU